AUGCCCCCGUCGCAGUCGUCUGAGUUGACGGCCGCGCAGCUGGAGGCGCAGUACCGCAGUGUGCUGGGCGCGCCGUCGUUCAGCGAGGCGACUACUCCUCGACAGCUCUGGCGUCAGUGGCAGCACACGUACCCGGGCGUCUCUGUAACUGAAGGCGUCUUCAAACAGUGGUUUCAGAAGUACCGCGUUGGCGAAGGGGCCGUGGAAGUUUCCGGCUAUGCGGUGCUGGAGGCGCUUGCCGGAGAUCGGUUCCGCGAGUUGCAGGCGUCAGGUUUCCGCACGGCGUUCAAGCUGCGCAGUGCGCUCCUGAAGGAGGGUUCCCCUUUGAAGGUGUCUGAUGCGUCGAUGAGGGAGUGGCUCCAGCAUCACGGAGGUGGCGUGCUUUCCAGCAUCACCUCUGCCGCUGGGCUGGAGGAGAGAGCCGGGGACCGCGUCCGAGAGUACUUGGCUGGGGGCACGGGCAGACAUGACCCCGAGGCGCUGCAUGCUUGGCUGCAGACGCAAGGCAUAUUGUGCCCUAGGCGCCACUGCCAGGCUUGGUUGUCUCGUGACUGGCGGCCUGUUGUUUGGGCGGACACGGCCGAGCAGUUGGAGGAAAAGGCGGGCGACAUCCUACGCUUGCCAGAACACGCGGAUGACUUCGCAACCCCGCUGUCGAUUACGGGGCUGCUCGAUGGGAUGCGACCUUGGGAAAAUCCAGUUCUGGUGUCGCCUGGAAUUUUGCGCGAGUGGUAUAUGCAGUAUCGCCUGGGGAGUGGCGAGAUUCGGGUUGGUAACGGCACCCACUUGGACUGCGCUCUCGGCUUGGACCGCGUUCUUUACGCGCUGGAUGCGUCGCUGCGGACGUGUCGCUCGUGGUUGGACAGCUUGGACCCCCGGGUCAUCGAGCGAGCUCGGCAGCUGCAGGCCCCCGAAAAGCCGAUGCAGCGGAUGAGACACGAGAGGCCGCGCACGCGCUCUCCUCUCGGCACCCUUCGUCUGCACCACAUGAAGUACGGUUUCGGCUACUCCAAAUCCGAGGGCGUCGCCGUCUGCAGGCGGCUCGGGUGCGAUGUGAGCGAGUCCAUCUACAUGCGUUGGCUGGCCAUGCGCGGCGAGGGCGAUGCGCUGCGGGCGGCCGGCGUUGCUUUCUGGCGGGCGAACCGGUCGAAACUGCUGUGUUUGUACCACGUAGAGGGCAAGACCGCGCAGGCAUGGCUCGACCACCCUGCCCAGGCGCUCCGUCACCUGCAGAGCGUGGAGGACAUUGACGGGCACCCGUGCGCCCGUCGCGCAUUGGACCAGCUGCAGGAGGGCGUUCCCCUGGAGGCAGUCGCUGAGGCGUUGAAGGACGAGUUCUCGGUGGUCGCGGCUGCGCCCCGCCUCCGCCAAUACAGGCGCUGGGAGCAGACGGGCCAGACUUGGACUUGCCGAUGGCUCGAGCGACACCAUUGGAUGUGGCUAUAUUCGCAGACUGCGGCAGCGUCGAUGCUCGGAUGUCGCAGAGGCAGGUGCGAGAGGCGCGAGGCUGAUCUGAAGGCUGUCCAGGAGAAGUUACGCGAGCACCCGGCCGUGUCUCCAGAUCUCGCGCCGCUCUCGGAGUUGCUCAAAUUCUACGCCAAACAUGAGCCGAUGGCGCAGCUGCGGUUCCAGCGCGCGGGCGCCCGAGUCUACCGCGAUUUCAUCCAGAGGAGCACGGUUGAACCGUUUUGCCGAGUCCUGCCGGACGCGUUCCCCGGUUUGGCGCUCGAGGUGUUCGCGGGGGCCUCGGGGGGUCGCUUUCGCCGCGAACGCGCCCCGCUCUUGUUGCUGGACUAUUGCAGGCAGGUCGCCGAGAACGACGCGACUUUAUGCUUUCCUCUCGAGUGCGCGGCGGCCUGCUGCGCGCUUGCCUACGCGCGGGGCGAGUGCGAGAGCGCGCGCGGGCGGCAGACUUGGGGGGGCUCGAUGCUGGCGGCGCAGCCCGCGCAGCGGCGCGCUGCGUGGCCGAAGACGGACUUCGAGAGCUGGGUGAAGUGCGGCAGCUGGACCCAUUGCGAUGGCUGCGGCAGCUUCUACUUCAGCGACAGCGGCGGCGAGGAGAUCGGCGUCACCUCGCGCUGGUGGAUGGACCCGUCGAUGUACAUGCCUGACAAGUGGCCUCGGCGAAGGCUUGCGCCGAAGGGCGUGCCGAAGAUGGGGCCCGUCUACAGGGUCCCGCGCCCGCCUCCUCCCAGCGUGAGCGCCGCCACCUCUUGGGCGGGCGAGGUCGUGAUGUGGCCGAGGCUUGCGCCGGGCAGCUCCGAGUUCAGCUGCGGCGCAUCCGCGGGCCCCGCGUUCUUGGACAUGGCGAACGAGGAGAAGUAUGCUCUACGACGCGUGAAAAAGGUCGCGGAGCACUUCCUGAAAGGCUCUGGGGGGCCGAAACACUACAAUAACUACAAGCAAACGGGCGUCGCGAAAGCUUUUUGGGCCGGCCAUGAAGUGACGGAGGACAGCGCGCCAGCGGCGCGCUCCAAGGCCGCGUUCAGAUGGCUGACGAAGCACAACGACCUCUACAAAGCCCGCUUGCUCAAUCAGCGCCACUCAC